ACCCCGAAAAAACUUCCGCCGGCGACACUUCACUUCCGCCGCAUUUUUUCCCUCGGGAUCCGAGCUCGCCGGAGCUUUCAUUUCGUAGUCAGUCACCACAAUGCAGCUCUACCACCGUGUCACCGCCGUGUCAGUUUUGAUAUUUUGCUUCGGAAUGAUGUUAGUUUGCGGCCAGAAACAACGGCCACAGCACCGCAUCCUCGAUCCACAUUGGCAUGCUGGCACCGCCACGUGGUACGGCGAUCCCGAAGGAGACGGUAGCACCGGAGGGGCGUGUGGAUAUGGAACGAUGGUGGAUGUGAAGCCGUUGAAGGCGAGGGUGGGUGCGGUGGGGCCGGUGCUGUACAAGAACGGGGAAGGGUGCGGAGAAUGCUACAAGGUGAAGUGCUUGGACCCAACCAUAUGCUCCAAGCGAGCGGUGACGGUUAUCAUCACGGACGAGUGCCCUGGUUGUCCCUCUGAUCGAACCCACUUUGACCUCAGCGGUGCCGCAUUUGGCCGAAUGGCGGUUUCCGGCGAGAAUGGUCAGCUCAGGAACCGAGGUGAAAUCCCAGUCAUAUACCAAAGAACACCUUGUACAUAUCCAGGCAAAAACAUUGCCUUCCGUGUCAAUGAAGGUUCUACACCCUUUUGGCUAUCACUCUUGGCAGAGUGGGAGGAUGGAGAUGGAGACAUCAGCUCCAUGCAAAUACAAGAAGUAGGGUCAAGUGAGUGGCUGGAAAUGAAACAUCUGUGGGGUGCAAAUUGGUGCAUCAUUGCGGGUCCUUUAAGAGGACCUUUCUCUGUUAAACUAAGCACAUCGUCAGGGAGAAGCCUCACUGCCAGGGAUGUUAUUCCAAGCAACUGGUCACCAAAAGCCACUUAUACCUCUCGCUUGAAUUUCAUUCCUUAGGUUCAUGCAUGCUUCAUUUGCAACUUUACAAGACCAAAGGGACUAGUAACAUUAAAGAAUGCCUUUUUUUUCCCAGUUAAAGUUGGUCAAGUUCCACAAGGGAAAACUUCCGUGGGUUAUUAUACUAUAUAUAGAUAUAUAGAUAGAUAUGUUGACAGUGUUACCCUUACCCUUACCCUUUGUCUCUCUGUUUUCUUGAUAGAAAUUAAGUAGCCGUUGAAUGCACAAUGGCAUUUUUAUAUGCAUUUUUCCUUUUGUUUUUGUAUACAUCCUUUUGUGGUGUGCAUAUUGUUUAAUUGUAACAGAUGUUGUGUUAUGUAGCCAUCUCCAAAGAGGAGAGAGAGCUUGUAGUGUAUAGUGUCCUUCAUUGUUUGUA